UAGCAAUAAAAUUAUUUGUGUCGUUAGAUAGUUGCUCUCUUCCCCCAAAAUGGACAUGGAUAAUACGGAAACACUUACUGAAAAGCAAGUUGCUAAAAAUCGAAGCAAACAAAAACAGUAUCCGGAAUCUAACCUCAAUCAUGCAGUAGCCGCUGUGAAGUCAAAGAUGAUGACGUUGGGAAAAGCUGCUAGUCACUACGGCAUACCGAAAGGAACGCUUCAUUUUCGGCUAAGCUCCAAGUGGUCAGGAAAAAUUCCCCGUGGACCUAAACCAGUGCUUUCCCAGCACGAUGAGAACAAACUUGCGCAAUGGAUUAAGGAGAUGGAAAAACGAGGAUUCCCUUGCACGAAGGACGCUCUGUUUUCGAGAGUGAAGACGUUUUUGGACUCGACGAACCGGGACACAAUUUUUAAGGAUAACACUCCCGGUUAUAAGUGGUUGGAACUAUUCUUAAAACGUCGAGGAGUGAUCGAUGCAUUGUCUAUCCGGAAGCCCGAAAACAUAAGUCAUGCGGCUGCAACUGUCUGUGAAUCCGAUAUCAGGAAGUGGUUUCAAUUAAUUGGAGACUACGUCGCAAAGGAAAAUCUGUCAGAUAUCCUGAAAGACCCGCGGCGAAUUCUGAAUGGAGACGAAACGAUGUUCCUAUUCGAUCCAGAGACGAAGUCAGUUAUUGCAACGAAAGGAAAUCGAAAUGUGUACCUCGUUCAGAAAGCAGACCCAAAGAAGAAUAUUACGGUUUUGUUCACCUUUGAUGCUGAUGGGUAUAUGUUCCCGCCGGAUAUCAUCCUGCCGUACAAGCGUCUAUCGAAACAUAUUCUGAUGAGCAUGCAAUCCGAUUGGGGUGUUGGCAAAUCUGAGCGCGGCUGGAUGGACAGAGAAAAUUUCCAGGCUUACAUUCAGAACAUUCUGUAUCCAUCGUUAGUGCGCCGCAAUGUUCCGUUUCCGGUUAUCUUCUUUGUAGACGGCCACUCUUCCCACACUGGCAUUGAAGCAGCAGAGGCUUGUGCUACUUUGGGAAUAAUUUUAAUCGCAUUAUACCCGAAUGCAACGCACAUAAUGCAACCCUGUGAUGUUUCAAUAUUCAAGCCCCUUAAAACCAGUGGACUAAGGUAAUCGACCAAUGGAAGAUGGAGAACGAUGGAAACACCUUCACGAUUGACCAUUUUGGAGGUGCCCUAGAUACUGCUAUCCGAACCGGAACUUUUCCCUUUGAUGUGGAUGCCAUUGAUUACAGUAGAUGUUUGGCGAGAUCAUCGGAAAUAGAAGCUGUGCCGAAUGUUCCAGUAGUGCCUGUGGGUUCGUUAACCGGGUCCAGCUUACGAGAUCCACCAACUUUGACAGUAAUUACAUACUCCACAGAAAACUCCAAUGAGUCCUCGGCGGAAAGUCUCUUAGUAGCUUCAGGAUUUUUGGCAACACCUCCAUCUCCGAAAAUAACGCUUUGGUCAUCUACACCGGAUUCUGAUUUUGAACCAAGCCUGUCUCCGUUACCACGCCAGCUGUCGCCAAUUCCGAACACACCGCAAAUGGUAGGUACUUCCCCAAUGCUACUGCACACCUCGUCAUAUGCUGAAGAUCCUAUCAAUUCGGAAACUGCACUAAUGGAAAACGUCAAUACAAAAUCGGCAAUAAGUCAAACAUCAAUCGGAACCCAAUUUUCAAGAGCUGAAGGUGGGUCACGAAUUACUGACCAUGGUCCUCGUCGCAUUAGUAUUUCUAAUUUCCUACAACUCCCACCAACUCCGAAACGGAAGCAAAUAAAACGUAACUACAAACAAAAACGCCAUUUCAUCCUAACUGCUGCAGAGCGCAUUCAAGAGCUUGAACAGAAGGAGCAAGAAAAAGAAAACGCUGCGAUUCGUCGUCAGGAAGCCGUCGAACAACGGGCAUCGAAAAAAGCGGACGUCGAAAGGAAGAAACAAGAGCGGAAAAUUUUGCUUGAGCAGCGACGAGCUUUGAAGAAAGUUGAAAAUGAGAAAAAGAAAGAACUGAAGGAUAAAAUGAAAAAUCUAAAAUUGAAAAACAAACGAAAUAUGGAUAAAGUGGAGGCAUCUGAAGAAAAAGGAAAAAUGUCCAAGCGGAUCCGCAAUUGAUCGGUAUCACAUGAAGAACUACUUUAAGCAUUUAUUAAUCAUUAUUUUUUGGAAAUCGGCUAUUUAAAAUACCUAAACACAAAAGUUGAAAUGUAUGGAUUCUAUACAAUGAAUUUGAAAUAAAAUGAAUGACAUUCUAUGGAUUAAUCAUUUUUGUUUUAAAUUGUUGGUUACCAUAAUAGUUUGUUCGUUUUAUUGGUUUUGAUUUUCGAAUUCAAUUUUCAUCGUGUAAAACAAUGUAAAACAUUUUCCUAUAGAUAUUUCCCGUCUUGAAUAACAAACUUAUUAUUUAACGUCUUGAGCAGCAAACAACAACCGUUCAA